GGUUUCCAAGUGGAAGUCACACAAUGGGUCUUAGAUAAAUUGCUUCAAGUUCUUUCCCUUUUUACUGUGAUAACUACCUUAACUUCCUCACAACGCAACGGUCGGUUACAGGGUGGCUGUCAGUGGUUCUGGGACGUCCAACGUGCUGCCACAACCAAUGCCAAACUGGCUGUCCCUUGCAGUCGCAGUAAUCAGAGCUCAUUGUUCUAGUCUCUAUGAAAACAUGUUCAAAAACUCCGUCCGAUAUACAAUGUGGCUGAUACAAUUGGCCUCACCUGCAGAACCGAAUUGCGGAGCGACGCAGGAAGUCGUCUACACAGACCUGUUAAAUGCGUACAGCGACGAUCUAGACGCCGUAUAGAAUCGCCCGUUUCUGCAUAAUCUUACGAGCCAAGCUAGCCUACAUCAGAACAGCGGCCAAACAUGCGCCCGAAAAUUAUUGGUCUACGCUCCUGUGUUGAUGGGUAAUUGUGCGAUAUCUCAACUUCAUCACAGAACCUUGAACCAUCAAAGGACUAUUAAUAAGAAAAAUGUAGAUUUUUUUUUGAGACUCAAGCCCUGCGAAAGAUAUCAAUCAUUUCAGGGUGACCGAGAGCACGAAUUUGAAUGGAGAAUAUGAGACUGCUCAUUGUGUGGGGUUAGUAAGUAUGGAGGGCAAUGUCCCUGUCGCCAGAAGGCGCAUCACCAAUGUUAACUUGGGCGCAUUCUCUUGCAAUUGUGUAUAUAAAUGUUGCAAGAAUUCUUCUGAAGACUUUGAGAACAUCUCAACACUAUUAUCUCUCCUUCAUUCAUCUUCCCAUCGAAUCUUGUUCUGGCUUCCCCGCUCAAUUCUCCACAUCAAACCUUCAUCGCAGUUGGAGAAACCCAGUACAAGCAUCAUGACCACUCGUCGACACGUCCACUUCAACUCCAAAGCCAAAUCAUGGACUUCACCUGAGCCCACCUCUGCAGAAGCAAUUGAUCGGUUUCACCAGAGUCUCCCCAAUUAUGAGCCAACACCUCUUGUUAGUCUGGACAGCCUGGCUAAGGAGAUCGGGGUCGGAGCUGUCCAUGUCAAAGAUGAGACGAACCGCUUUGGUCUUCCGGCGUUCAAGAUCUUAGGUGCUUCUUGGGGCGCAUUCCGCUCCAUAACCGAGAAGUUUGGGUUGCCUCUUGACUCAGAUACUGAUGCUGUCCGAGAAGCGGCAAAGUCUCAUCAAUUGACCUUGUACGCGGCGACGGAGGGGAACCAUGGGCGUGCGGUUGCGCGCAUGGGUGCUAUCUUCGAUGUCUCAGCUGAGAUUCACGUCCCGGCGUCUAUGCAUCCUUCUACGGUCAAGUUAAUUGAGUCUGAAGGCGCAAAAGUUGUUAUAUCAAAGGGUAGAUAUGAAGAUGCGAUGCUUGAGGCCGAGUCUGCGUCCAAGCAUGAGAAGGGGAUCAUGGUUCAGGACCAUGCAUUCGGUGACUAUCAGACCGUUCCACAGUGGAUUGUCGAUGGCUAUGGUACCAUGAUGCGAGAGGUUGACAAACAGCUCGGUUCUACCAAAGCUGACUUGGUCAUCGCUCCUGUCGGAGUCGGAUCAUUUGCCCAAGCUGUCGUCUCUCACUUCAAGAGACAAGGUACAUCCACCUCCACGUUGACAGUCGAGCCUGACACUGCGGCGUGUCUAUGGAAAAGCCUAGAGAAGGGCGAAUUCACUGAGAUCCCAACAACCGGUACCAUCAUGGCUGGUCUCAAUUGCGGAGCUCCUUCAACAAUCGCAUGGGACCUGCUGAAGAAUGGCGUAGAUGCAAGCUUGACUGUGUCGGACUACGAAGCUCACCAGUCAGUUCUGUAUCUGCAAUCUCAAGGCAUCAAUGCUGGGCCUUGCGGGGCCUCGACUCUUGCUGCGCUGAGACGGCUUACACCGGAUGACAAGAAGGCCCUUGGACUCAAUGAGAAGUCUACGGUGGUGAUCUUCUGCACAGAGCGAAACAGAGACUAUGAUGUACCUCAUGGUGUUUCUGGCACUGAUCCAGUUGCACUUACCCAGACCCUUGUCCAGAUCAACUCAGCCAGUCCCGACUUGGGCUCUGUUCCCGGACCUGGUGAGACAACCAUCGCUCGGUACGUCGCUGCGUGGCUCGAACAUCGGGAUCUGGAGACACAUUGGGUCGAAUACACAAAAGGUCGCCCUUCUGUCAUUGGUGUUGUUCGUGGCUCUGGCGGCGGAAAGAGUGUCAUGUUCAACGGACACCUGGACACGGUCACUAUCAUGGGCUACGACGAUGAUCCAUUGAGCGGAAAGAUCGUUGAUGGCCGUCUGUACGGUCGUGGCUCGGCUGACAUGAAGGGAGGCGUCGCAGCAGGUAUGAUCGCGCUCGCCAAUACUAAGAAGCUUGGACUUCGUGGUGAUGUGAUCUUCACUGGUGUUGCCGACGAGGAAAGCUUGAGUAAGGGAACGGAAGACAUCCUUCGCGCUGGAUGGAGAGCGGAUGCCGCUGUUGUAUCGGAGUCAACGAACCUCGAGAUAAAUCACGCGCACAAGGGAUAUUGUCACGUUGAGAUCAAGGUCUAUGGACUGGCAGCACAUGGUUCACGGGCUGAUCUGGGCAUCGACGCCAUUGUCAAUGCCGGCCAUUUCCUCGUGGAGUUCGGUAAAUACGUGCAGAAGUUGCAGGAAGGCCCAGGCGAUGAGACCCUCGGAACAGGCACUGCACACGCUUCAGUUAUCUCAGGCGGCGAGGAAGCCUCGUCCUAUCCCGCACAGUGCACCAUCAUCGCAGAGCGCCGAACAAUCCCAGGCGAGACCAAUGAGGUUGUCCAAAAGGAGUUUGACGACAUGAUUGCCAGCGUAGCAAAGGAAGUCACCGACUUCAAGGCAGAAGCCAAGAUCUUCUUCAGUCGCCCGCCCCAGUUCACAGCUGAAGACCAUCCUUUCACCAAGCUCGUCUCCGGAGUUGUAGGCACUGUCACUGGCAAAGAUGCGGUUAUUGCCGGUGCCCCUUUUUGGACUGAUUGCGCUUUGUUGGCUGAGAAAGGGAUAGUGCCUCUGCUCUGGGGGCCAAAGGGAGAGGGAUUUCACGGAAAGGAGGAGUUCGUUCACAUCAAGUCAAUUGAACAAGUGGCUGAGGGAUUGACCAAUAUCGCAGCCGAGUUCUGUAAGUAGGUAGAUAGGUGAUGUUUUGUACGUUGAGUGUAAUUGUGGAAUAGAGACCUUUGUUCUCACCCGAGUUGACACCGUGGCUCUCCCGUUCGAGGACCCCAUGCCGCAGGCCAGGCUAUAGAAGAGACAAAUGGAUCGUCUAAGCAUCUGAUCAACCACUGUGAAGCUAGUUUUUGGUUCUACCAGUGGAAUUUAUCACUGAAACAGGUGGUUCGCAUCGAUGAACAAACCUCCGCUGACACCGAGCCCAACGCGUAUAUAAUGUUUCCCGUCUUAUUCUUCCAUCCGUCUUUUCUGUUAGAAUUUUAUUUUCUUCCUUCACCAGGGCUCGACAA